AUGACAGAGUUGCACCAGGCAGCAGCAGCGGGGGAUUUCGAUCAAGUUGAAGAGAUUCUGAAGCAAAAUGAAUGCAAUCCCAACCAGAGAGACAUCGACUGGAGCUACAAGACGCCUCUUCACUGGGCAGCAGCUAAAGGACAUACAGAAACAGUCAGGAUCCUCAUUGAGCAUGGAGCCAGGCCGUGUCUGAGGACAGAGCAUGGAUGGACUCCUGCCCACUCUGCUGCAGAGACAGGCCGGCUGGCCGUGCUCCGGCUGCUGCACUCCCUCCAUGCCCCUAUAGACAAAGAGGACUGCUGCGGAGACAAACCAGUGCGGAUAGCCGAAAUAUAUGGACACCAUGACUGUGUUCGAUUCCUAAAAAAAGCAGAAAUUGAGUGCCAGUCCUACCGCAAGAUGGCAGCCCAGAAAGGGAUUUCAAUGGAUGACACGGACGAGGAGUGGGCGGAACAGGGCAAGGAAAAUGAAGAAAACGGGACCUUUAGCAACAUUCAGACGUAGGCUUAACU